CAUUGGUAACCCGGAAGAGAAAGAGCCAGUCGUGACAUCUACACGAAGAGAGUAAUAAUGUCGGAACAGAGCUGUGAUUGUUCCGUUUGUUCUUCGACACCGCUGAAUUUAUUGCUUGUUUUAACAAGUGAAUGUCGAGAUUAAGUUUCUGUUGAGCUGUUGGAGAAGCGGAAUGUCCUUUCAAAUAGAAACGACAUUUAGUAAUUGUCUCAUUGUUUGUAGACAGUUGUCGGGUGCUAACAGCUAGCUAACUGUUUAACCCUGUAAGUUUGAUUUGUCAGCUGCAGAGAGAAGCUCGUUUCGUCGGUUUCUGAGUCAGUAUCUUCGAGGGAACAGCACCACAGGGUUCACAAAGGAUUUCAGAGAGUUUUUGCUUAUGAUAUGAGAGCCACGUCAGCUUUCUGGCCUGAGAAGUAGUUGUUUGCUUUUUUUAUUUCAUUUUUUUAGCUGAAUAUUUCCUGCUGUUAUGGCACCUAUGGGGAUUCGGCUCUCUCCACUUGGUGUGGCGGUGUUUUGCCUGCUGGGACUCGGUAUCAUCUACCAUUUGUAUGCCGGAGUGAUUUCCAACCGUCUUUCUGCCUUCAGACAGGUUAAAAAAGUGGAUUUGAGAGAACUUCUAGCUGUCUCGGUGGAGGCUGCAGUGCUCGGUGGUAAAGAGGUAAAAAGAGUGCGUAAUGAGAACAGCCUGAACGAGAAAUCAAAGGGAGAGACGAGGGAGGGGGCCAAAGAGCUCCUGACAACGGGUGACUUGCAAUCUCACAGAAAGAUGUUCAACCUUUUAAGCAACACUUUUCCAGACGUCAAAGUUCACAGUGAAGAACGUGACAACGCUUUGGAUUCGGUAACCUGGGACAAAAAAAUACCAGCUGAAAUAUUAGAAAAAGUCAAGGAAAGUACAGAGGUUCCAGCUGACAGCAUCACUGUGUGGAUCGAUCCUCUAGAUGCAACUCAAGAGUACACAGAAAGCCUUGUGAAGUAUGUGACCACCAUGGUGUGUGUAGCUGUGGAAGGUCGUCCAGUGAUUGGAGUCAUCCACCUGCCCUUCACAGGGCUCACAGCCUGGGGGUUUGUAGGCCAAGGAUCAAACGUGCAGGCCCGCUCCUCCUAUAGUUACAACCCCCCAAAGGUGAUUGUGUCGCGUUCCCACUCAGGAGAAGUGAAGAAGUUUAUUCAGGAUGCUUUUGGAAAUAGCACAACAAUAAUAACGGCAGGUGGAGCAGGAUACAAGGUCCUGUCACUGUUGGACAUCGCUGCAAGCGACUCUGACCCCAUGGACCAAGCAGAUGUCUAUGUCCACAUUACCUUUAUUAAGAAAUGGGAUAUCUGCGCAGGUGCUGCGCUGCUUAAAGCACUAGGAGGACACAUGACUACUCUGAAGGGUGAGGACAUUGACUAUAGUGGAACUCCUCUCAACAAGGGAGGGCUGGUUGCAACCAUUGGUGAGAACCAUAAGUUUAUAAUAGAAAAACUACCAAACUGGGACCCUGAGAAGCACUGAAGGACAUAAGCCGUUGAAAGCUAGCUUUAUUCAAAAAACGAGUUCACUAAACACAGUGGGCCUGCAACGUUUUCUUUCUUCAUGGAACACUGAACUUUGGAUCGGACCGAAAGGAUUUGGACAGAAAUUGGACUAUGGAACCAACCCGCUUCUACAUUCAACUUUCAUCACUUUAAAAGAGCCUGACAUUGUUUUCCUCAUCUUCUCGUACAGUGAAACAAUCGGCUUUCACUUUUUAACACUGGGCAGAACACAUUUAAAAACACUGUGAAACUGGUUUGUCAGCCUUGUUAAAAGGUCAGGAUGUUUUAAACUGAAAACACAAAAGUGUAACCCUUUUUUUUCCUCACUGUUCAAAUGUUCUAAGCUAAAAAAACUGCUUAUUUUUUAACAAUUAUAAGUAGGGAUGAGAGAUCUGAUGGAAAUACUUUUUGCUAAAGAAAAUUAUAAAAAAAAUGAUACAGAUGAUUAAAGAACAGAUUAUAAGCGACAAUUAUUAAUGAAAUCAUGACUUACUGUUACAAAUGGAUGUAAAAUGAUCAAAUUCAUUUCUAAAAUUGCUCAUGGUGGACAAGCUGUCCGUCUUUCUUGUCCCAACAUUUUGACAAUAAAACAAAGCACAAUAUAUUAAGAGAAUUCAUCUUCAUAUGUUGAAAACUUCAAAUGUUUUCAAAGCUAUGAAGAAAAAAAUCCUGAAUGUUUUUUGGUUAUUACUUUUUUUAAAUUCUUCAGUUUCAUAAGAUUCUGUAAAGACACAUGUUGGUUCUUUUCAAAAGACUUUCUUUGACAUCUUCAGUCUCUGCAUGUUUGCUGGAUAGUCAUUCAUUUGUUCAUUUGUGAUUUAAAGGGUGCUGGAGAAUGGGGGGAAAAACACACAAACAUACACACAAACACACACACACUGGGUAAGGGAUGUCUUAACAAUAAGUGCCAAUAAAUCUGUUCAAUCUUUUUCCACCUGGAAACUUUGUUUCAGCCUUCUACUAAUAUUUUUUUUAUGCUUUUAUUUAAUGGGAAAUGCCCUCAAGUCUGGAGAAAAACAGAUAGGUACAUCUUUUUGUUUACCUUAUUUAUGCCAUAAACAUUUUAUUUUUUAACAACUACUGCUUCAGUGCAUCUGAAUUUAUCUAGGAGCUGUACAAUUGGACUUUCUAAAUUUAAACUGGAUAUGUCAUGUGAAUAAAUUGAUAUAAGACGUAUUUGUGAAAAA